AUGCCCGCCGCCUGUUGCUACUGCUGUUGCUGCAUCUGUGACCCACCGCGCCCGCGCCCUCCUUACCCCGCCGCUGGACCUGCUCCGGCCGUCGCGGUCGUCGCCGCCCCUGACCUCCCUCCCGCUGCUGCUCGACGCCUCCGCCGGCGCCGUCCGCGCCCGACCGCCCCCGCCAGCCCUGCCUGUCGCCAGUCGCAGCGGCCACCGCCCGGGCGCCUCGCCCACACAGGCCGGGCCGACGCCCCGGCACCCGUUGCACUUCGUCGCCCGCCGCCCACAUCCUUCGCGGUCCGGACCACGGCCCCGGUCGCGCCCGCGCCGACCGGCUGCGUCGGCCGCGCGUGCUCGGCCCCCGCUCCGGCCUCAUACCGCUACCGGGCGGGCGACGGCUAUGCCCGCAUCGCCUGUUCGGGCUGUGGCCGUUAG